GGUGAAAAAUUUCUGUCAGUAACAUGUUCUAGUUGCACCUCACAAAAUUCAUAAUGACGGAUUUGCAAAUAUGCGAGUGCAGGGAUCCCGAAGACCCGGACCUCUGCGGGAAGCACCCGAUCUACCUGGAAGCUGCCAGGGUCACAUUCAGCGAAGACGAUCUACCCACAGUCAUACAGGAUGAGCUGUGCUGGGCCUUCGACGUUCGAGAGGAUAGAAAAAAGCGGUUCCAGGCCAAAGGAGUACCCCCCAAAGAAUCCCCCUAUGAAUUCCCCUUCGCCUUGUGCAGAGCGAUGCAAAUACCCUGCAAAAAAAAGAAGAAGAAGAAGUUCGUGUGCCCGCCCCUGCCGAAGAAGAUUACUCUGGAAGACAAGUACAUAAUGACACAAAAGGAGUACUGCAAUUACCUGGCGCAGCCGGUGAAGAAGCCGCGCUGCGAGUACUGGUGCCCCGUUAAAAGAAAGCGGUGCGAAAUAGAGCCCUGUCCGCCGCGAUUCGUCCAGCUGGCCAUACCGCACAAACGGAGGGUGUUCUGGAACUGGAAGUGCUUCCAUCCCAUACUCACCACGGAGAUGAUACUGCGACUCGAGCAAAUAUUGCACACCGACAAGAACCUGGAUCCGAGAGAUGCCAGAUGGUACUACAAAAAGCUGGACAGGCUGAAGCGGAAAUGCAUGCGGAACAGGCGCCGUUUGAGGCGCAAGAGGCUGAAGGCGAGGGACGCCGGCGACCGUAAAUGGCUCGAGGACAUGAUCCAGGAGAUGGCCGAGCUCAUUACCAACCACAUACGGCAAGAGCCCUUUUUCGCCUUGAACUACCGGCAACUUCUACUAUCCGAUACGAUACUCAACAAAUUAGCGGAGAAGAAAGUGUUCAAACGCCCGAAGAGAAAAACCAAGAACCAUUACAAAAGGACGCUCGUUGAGAUUAGCGAUAAAAUUGCCAUUUGGAUAGACACGUUGACCAGAUACGUAGACACACUAGCUGUGGAAGACCCCGACGAUUUCGCGCCUUUAACAAUAUCUUCGGUAAGCGAAGGAGAGAGCGAGGAUAGAACCGAUGAGGAUGAAGACGUUUGCGAAGAAGAAGAAGAGGAGGAUGACCUGUGGGCUCUGUUAGAGAAGUUAAUCAAGAUCUACAGGUGUAAAACACCAAAUCCCAUGUUUACAACGAAUGUGGAAACCAUGCCUGAGUUAAAGUACCUGGAUAUCUUCGACGCGCUGUUGUGGCUGAGGGAUUUGAUAAGGCAGCAGGGACCGCCGCCGCCUCCCGGGAAAGUGGAGCAAACCUUGGUGGAGUGGCUGGAGGAAACCGCCCCGGAGAAGAUCAACGAAAGGACUUUGAAGCAAGUGCACGAUUACGCUUGCGCCAUUGCGGAUAAAUUGAGAGACGCCGAUCCGGAAGAAGAACCCGAAAGACCUGCUGUCGAAGAAGAAAAACCACCAACACCACCGUCAGCGCCUAAACCGGCACCACCGCCGCCCAAAGAACCGGAACCGGAACCCGAACCACCCGCGGAUAUGCCUUGCGAAGCCGAAGAAAUACCAGCAGUUCCUUGCGAAUGUCCGGAAGACGGACCUAUGAUACUAGGCCACAAGCCGUCGUUUAUAAAGGAACACUCGCCCGAUGCGAUUUGCUGCCUUUCGCUGAAAAUCUGGGCCGUUUGGCUCCUGGAAGUGUGCCAUAACGCUCACGUUUGGACGAAAUGGAUGCACGAAAUCAUACGAAGGAUCAGAGAAUUCGCUGCUACAGUCAGAGGAGAUAUUAAACUUCCGAAUGGACAGAGAAAAGUGUUGUACAGAGAGGAAUGGCGACAAUUCAUCAAAGAAACCGAAGAGAAAGUGGUUUAUUGGAUGGACUACAGCGAACAUGUUAGGGAACUGUCCCAAGAUAUCAUCGAAAACUUCCAAGGGAAACCGGUUUAUUGUUGUCCUAAAUGUUUACAGGAUCAUCUAAUUAGGAACGUUGUAACGGCUCACGAAACGUUGGGAAGUCUAACUGACGCUAUGAAUAUGGCGCAGAGUUGGAGAAGAUGCUUGGAUGGUUUGGUAGCCACUUGUGCUUCUAUAUGUGAUAUUGAAGAUGUUUCAUCCAGUGAAGAAUCAGUACUCAGUGCAAUCGAUAUUUGCGAAUAUGUCGUAUGUCCGAGGAACAUAAGACCUGCUAAAGGGGGAAAACAACCGCCCUGUCCUCCUGCUGAUGAUUCGGACGAUGAUGGGGGAGAGUAUCGUAUUUUGGAGAUGGAUCCGAGAGUUCAAAAAACCGAUUGCUCUUGCAUACAGUGAAAAUUUGGUAUUCGGUUGGGUUAAAAAAGAUGAGAAUUCGAUUGCCAACACUAAAAAUCAUUUGUUUUGUAACGUGAUCAUUAAAAUUUCAUCCGAAG